AUGCCAACUCUUUGGAGUCGACGACAUUCGACUACAUCUCAUGGGAUUACAGCUCACAUCAUCAACGAGCCAGUCGACGAGGAGUUUCUCUACGAGAGCAGGUUGAAGUACUUCCAUCCGACUCAAGCUGGGGAUGUACUAGACGGCAGGUUCAAGACAAUUGCAAAGCUGGGCUUCGGCGCUGGGUCCACUGUUUGGCUAGCUGAAAAUCUCAAGUUCAUCAAGAUACCAACCCUUGAUUCUAAUGCUCCUGGUGAAUCAAAGAGAUCAAAGCUCAUCUCCAGCACCAAUCCCUCACACCCAGGACUGUCCUUCAUCAGACUACCGAUUGAUGAGUUCCAGUUAAAGGGGCCUCAAGGAACACACUUCUGUCUUGUUUACGAACCCACGAGGGAGACUCUUUAUCAUUGGCAACGCCGGCUACCAAGACAGAGGCUUCCAUUACCUCUAUUCAAGUCUUAUGCAUUUCUUAUCCUCCAAGCCUUAGACUAUUUGCAUACCGAAUGCCAUUUGAUUCAUACAGCUAAAGGCUUGGACUACAUCAAGGAUGAUAAUAUCCUGGUGACGAUUGAAAACGAUUCCGUAUUGGCCGAUUUCGUCAAGAACUAUACGACAAAUCCCCAGCCAAGGCAUGUACGGACCGAGGAUGGCCGUGUAAUCUAUCUCUCACAAGAUGAUUUUGGUCCUUUGCGAGAUAACAUGGUGUUGCUCGGAUGUCCAUGGUCACACAGCGUCGACAUCUGGAACUUUGGCCUUGUUAUGUGGAAUCUUUUAGAAAACACUAGCCUGUUUGAAAGCAUCGUUGGCGACGAUGGUGAAUACGACGCUCAUGUCCACCUAGCCCAGAUAAUUUCUCUGUUGGGAGAGCCCCCUGAAACGUUGGUCAACAGGGAGCGUGUCUAUCGCAAGCUGAAACUUGUACGAACAAUAGAAAACCCAAUGGGCAAGUGGCACGAGACCAUGAAUGAGUAUUGGGGAGGACCCUUCUUUGAUGAGAAUGGUCAAGUCCUGCGCAAAGACCUGGCGGUACAAACACGAAAGCCGGGGGACACUAUAACAGAACUGACAGGGGAUGAAAAAUAUGUGUUUCUCGACUUUGCUUCGUCCAUGCUCCAAUGGCUGCCGGAAAAGAGGAAGACUGCCAAGGAGUUGUUGCAGCACACCUUCUGUGACUCACUGGAAAAGGAGCGUGAACGGUAUUUCCAUAGCCAAGCAUGA